AUGGCUGCACCUGAAAAAUCAAUCAAAGAAAAUGUUUCAUCCAAAGAUGAAGAUCAAUCACAAAACCCUACGAGUCCGUAUUAUCUCCAUCCAGGAGAAAACCCAGCCUCCAUUAUCUCUGACCCUCAGCUCAAUGGAGUCAAUUAUCAUUCGUGGAGCAAGAACUUCAAGAGAGCGUUACUAUCGAAGAAUAAAUACAAAUUUGUCGAUGGAUCUAUCAAGGAACCCGACAAGAAAGAUCCACUUUGGGACGCUUGGGAAAGAUGCAACAAUACUAUCGUAUCUUGGAUUAUCAAGACUCUCCCACCAGAAAUUGCACAAAGCGUUAUAUACAUAGAUAAUGCCCAAGAACUGUGGGAGGACUUCAAAGAUCGCUUUUCGAAGGGAGACCAUUUCAGAGUUUCUGAUCUUCUGCAGGAUCUUCAUUCUAUCAGACAAGGGGAUCGAGGAAUUUCUACAUACUACACUAAUCUGAAAACUUUAUGGGAGGAAUUGGAGGUUUUGAGACCUCUUCCAUCUUGCACCUGUUCUAUAAAAUGUUCAUGUGAUCUCAUGAAGACAGUGAAGAAGUAUAAGGAUUAUGAAUAUGUGAUAUGUUUCUUGAAGGGACUAAACGAUCAAUACAGUCAUGUAAGAAGCCAAAUCCUCAUGAUGGAAGAGCUUCCAUUAAUAAAGAAAGCUUUCCCAUUACUGAUACAGCAAGAAAGGCAACACGUAGGAGCAAUAGAGUCAAGAGUUCUUGCCACUGCCACAGAUCCAAAUUUUGGCUGGAGAGGUUCUUCAACAGGCAGAGGAGGAAAUCAAGGUAGUCGAGGGAGAGGUAGAUCAAAUUCAAGAGGAGUAAAUGGAGGAAAUAUCAAGGUGUGCAGUUUCUGUGGGAAGGAAAGGCACACAGUGGAAACGUGCUACUGCAAGCAUGGUUUUCCACCAAACUUCAAGUUCAAAAACAGAUCUACCAACCCUUCUGUUAAUUCCUUAACCUCUGAGCAAAACAACAAUAGUUAA